AUGGGGUCGAAUUGCUUCGCGCAGACCUUAAAGUCUCUUCAUAUCCCUUCCCAGCCUCUUAUAUUUGCCAACGUAUGGGACCUAGCCUCUCUGAACCUGGUCUUGUCUCUCAACAGCGAAACCUCGAAACCGGUCAAAGCAACCGCUACCGCUUCAUGGGCCUUCGCCGCUUCUCCAGGCGUGGAAGACGAAGAGCUCACUAUGGAGCAGAAUCUAGCCUCAAUCCGAAACCUUGCUGCAAGGGCUACAUCAGCCGGUUUGCCGCUCUCUGUUGACCUUCAAGAUGGCUAUGGAUUUCGUCUUCGUGAAGCAGUCACCCAAGCGCUCCAAGCUGGAGCUCAUGGUGCCAAUAUUGAAGACAGCAUCCCAGCUCGUGCCCCAGCUGAUGCAGGCCUCCCUGACUUUGUCAUCAACGCCCGUUGUGACGUUUUCGCUUUGAAAGACGUCGCGAAUCUCAACCAUGAAACGCGUAUGAAAGAGUCAGUGAGGCGUGGCAAAGCGUACUUUGAUGCUGGAGCUACGACUGUUUUCUUCUGGCGCGGAUAUGGUGCCGGCUUCACAGAAGCUGAUGUGCAGACACUUGUCAAAGAGCUUGAUGGCCACGUCGCGAUACGCCUAGGUCAGACUCCAGAAGCACUGUCAGUGUCACAGUUGGCCAAGUCAGGGGUUACCAGAAUCGGCAUCGGCCCCAGCCUCUUUCAGAUGGCCAUGGAUGCUGCCAAGAGAUCAGCUCUUAAUUUCCUUGAAGGCGGUCGUUUGGGGGAACUUUAA